UCUCGUCUCGCGAUAGAGCGGCGGAGUGCUUUGACGGGCAGUCGAGGUUGCAGCAGGCAGAGGGAGACGGUGGAAGGUAAAGCAGGGAGGCAGCAUCAUGGCGGACAGAGACAGUGGCAGUGACCACGGAGGGCCCACUGCAGGCCCCGGCUCGCUGCCCCCGGGUGCGAUGGGUGCCAUGUCCCGGCUGCAGCACGACACCGAGGAGCUCGCUUCGAAGCGCGUCGACAUCCAGAACAAGCGCUUCUACCUUGACGUGAAGCAGAAUGUUAAAGGCCGCUUCCUAAAGAUAGCCGAGGUCGGGGCUGGGGGGAACAAGAGCCGCCUCACUCUCUCCAUGUCGGUUGCUGUGGAGUUCCGCGAUUAUCUCGGGGACUUUAUCGAACAUUACGCCCAGCUGGGCCCGUCCAACCCGGACAUAGUGCAGGAUGAGCCCCGGCGGGCGCUCAAGAGCGAAUUCCUUGUGCGGGAGAAUCGGAAAUAUUACAUGGAUCUGAAAGAGAACCAGAGGGGGCGGUUCCUACGGAUCCGACAGACCGUUAAUCGGGGGCCCGGAUUGGGAAGCGCGCAAGGCCAGACCAUCGCUCUGCCGGCGCAGGGUCUCAUCGAGUUCCGCGACGCUUUGGCCAAACUCAUCGACGACUACGGGGUGGACGAGGAGCCUGCGGAGCUCCCGGAGGGCACCUCGCUCACGGUCGACAACAAGCGCUUCUUCUUUGACGUGGGCUCCAACAAGUACGGGGUCUUCAUGCGGGUCAGCGAGGUGAAGCCCACGUACCGGAACUCCAUCACGGUUCCGUGUAAAGUGUGGUCCAAAUUCGGCAACACCUUCUGUAAAUACGCGGAGGAGAUGAGGAAGAUCCAGGAGAGGAGUCGAGAGAAACGGGCCUCCGAACUGCUACCUGAGGGCCCGCACGGCGGCGACGACGGCGACGAUGACUGACGCGGAUGUCAGGAGAGCAGAAAUAAGACAACAAAAGACAAAACCGUGUGACAAAAAAAAAAGGAGACUUGUAACUGUAAAAUAGAAAGAGAAUUUUCCAAGGGAAUCACCCCCACACACAUAACCUCCACAGACAUGACAGCAACCCACUGCUGUCUCCUCGCUCAUUUUACUGGAUGUCACCCCCCACUUACCACCCAUGUAACAGUAAGCCGCUGCUAUCAAGGAUUGAACUGUAAGAUAUGAACUUUUCCUACUUGAUUUAAAUGAACAUGAGUGUUUCUAUCUCUAUCAAACGACAGAUGUUUUGCACACAUCAAAGCUAUUUCGAAAAUAAUUUUCAAAACUGGUGAUAGCUACACCAAGAUUGAAUCAAAAGUCCAAACCAGAGGUCUAUUAUAUCAAAUGUAGAACCAACAUAUUUGACAUCAGCACACAGAGUAUAUAUAUAUAUUAUCGACUUUACGAAACCAAAAUCUGAUACCAGAUGUAUAGUUUAUUUUAAAAGGUACGCAGAAUAAAUAUGAAAGUGGAUGAAUUGCAGAAGGCCUGUAAACACCUGACAGCAUGUGUAGGCUCAUGUUUUGAAAAGAAGUAUGGCAAAGUAGGCUUUACAGUCUAUUUUGUGCACCCAAAACAAAUGGGAUGAAUCUAUUUCUGAGCUACUAUAUUAAAUAUCAACCCUCCUGCACCAUGUCCAUAUAGACUUAAAUGAAAAAAGUGCUAACUUAGAUGUACUAAUUAUGAUUUUGUGAAUCAGCUGUAAAAAAACAACAACAAGAACAACAAAAAAAUCCUUAUUAAGAUGCCCACGUUUUCUGUGGGUUCGGUUUUUUCUUUUUCUUAUUUUUGUGACUUUGUUGUUAUUUUCCUCUAGGGGGAGGGGAGGGGGAGGGUGAAAAAAAUAAAAAAAAAAAAGUAGAAGGUCCACUUGUGGGAGCGCCAGGCGCGGAAAAGACACGUCAGCGUGGCGAUGCGACGCAUCCUCUCUGACGUCAUUACGACCCGUGCCUUAUACACUCCACUCGUUUACGUGUUCUCACGUGGAUGGUCUGUGACCUCGACCGCUGUACGUUUUUCAUUUACGAGUGUUGUCACGUAGGCCGAAAUAAUACACUAGCCGGGGCUGCGUUAAGUCACACCCCUGUGGUGCAUGGAGCACGGGUGGCAACACCAAAAGUAAGCAGAAGGGCUGCUGGGAACUUGGGGGACCAACAAUGAUAGUGGGUUGGAAACGGAGCUGGCCCUUUCAGAAAGAUGAGAAGCUGUCGUACUUAAAGAAAGUUCGGGGGGGGGGGGGGGGGGGGGGGGGGACGACACUGGGGCCCCUGGAGCCCAGAAUCCCUAGCAGCACCCCUGCACUGGUGGCCUCUCACAGAGUAGAGCUAGUUGUCCCUGGAACACGACCCAGGAUGCACCACUGGCAUGGAGAUCGUUGGAGUUGUCAUGAGUGGUUUGGCACACCAUAUGCACCAUGUUAAAAAAAAACAACAGCAGAAAAGUGAAUCAGGAGUGGCUGGAUGAGGCUGGUUGUCGGAGCUGAGAUGGAUGCAGUUAAAGAGCCAGGCAGUCAGCCAGCGAGCCAGGCCGGGCCAGCCCGGGCCGGGCCGGGCCAGGCCGGGCCACGCAGCCAGUCUGAGCGCAGUCCAGUGGAUGUAGAGGCCCAUCGGUGCAGAGGGCCGAGGGUGGAUCUAUCUCUUUAUGGUGCUACCGCCCCUCGAUCGCUUCUUUGGGGCCUCGCCACUCAGAAUAUGUCACUUUGCAUUAUUUUUAUUCUGCUUUUUUUUUUUUUCCUCCUUUCUCCCUUCAAAGUUCUUUUCUCGACACCACGUCGUCCAAAAGCGUGUCAGGUUUCUCCCUCACGGGCAGAGAGGACGCCACUGACUAGUGUAGGAUAUUUCAUGUUAGUGUGCAAUAUUGUGUGCGAGCAUUGCAUCACGUGUAUAGACUAUUAAAAGACAAAAAAAUGUACAGGCUAUGUGAUCAGUAGAUAUUCAAAAAGCAUGACGAUGAGGUGGAUGCAUCUGCAUUAUAUUUCCAAAAUGUGAAGUCUUUCUUUAAAAGCUCUUGCUCAAAGUGGGG